AUGACGACAGACAAGCUCCACCUGCAGUCGGCACGUAUCCCACUUCACACUCGGCGGUCGAGCUUUGGCCGGUACUCGAGCAGCUCACCCGAACCCAGCAGCCCCGGCGGGCGCUCGAGUGCGAGCCCGGGGAGGACGGCGUGCGUGUGCGGGGUGUGCGGCAAACGGUACAAGCACCGGAGCUGCCUUCACAAGCACUUGUGGGAGCACCACGAUGCCUGGGAGGCCUGCUUGAAGUACAACUUGACCAAGCACCAGCAAGUCCAGAUGAUGGAGUAUGUGCGCCCUGGUGUGUUCCUUAAGUGA